AUGGAUCUUACGCGCCGUCCCCCCUCCGCCUGGAAGCCGCCUCCACUGAGAGAUUCAAGCUCUCAGAUUCGACUGCUCUGGAUUCAUGCCGGCCAUGAAGAAGACGAAAUACGCUGCACCGUAUCCGUAUGGGAUCUCGAGGACGCGCCGGAAUAUCGAGCAAUCUCAUACGCCUGGGGUUCGCCGGAUGUGGAGGCUUUCGUCAACAUUACAUCGAUGACUCUUUUUUCCAGAGGAUACGGUUUUGAACUUGUGGAUUGUACUCGUGUCAAAGUGCGAGAGAACGCUCGGUAUGCUCUUUGGCAAGCAAGACUACAUUACCCAGAUUCGUAUCUUUGGAUUGAUUCUAUAUGCAUCGAUCAGUCCAACUUGACGGAGAAGGCUGCACAAGUUGCUAUCAUGGCAGAAAUCUACCGGACGGCGGAGACUGUCCUCGCUUGCAUUGGCCCAGCCGAUGCCUCCAGUAACGCGAUUUACGAACUUUAUCAGCAUCUCGACCUCCAUCUCGACGAGAUAGAUUCACAUGACGCAUUCGAUCACCGUGCACUUGUACGAGGUCCCUUUUGGUCUCAGUUUGAGCAUCCCGGACAAUGGGACAUGUUGGAUGGUUCCGAGUUAGGACGCAAGAUGGCAGAGCAUUGGGAUAACUUCUCGACUCGUGCAUACUGGUCCCGCUUGUGGAUCAUCCAGGAGCUACACAGUGCUCGAUACAAUGACCGGAUAGAGAUCUUGUGUGGCGAUCUGACCGCGAUUUGGGACCAACUUGCCAAAAUAGCUUCCUUGUUCGACGAAUGGGGCCUCAUCGACUCAUGGUACAAAGGACAUAAGCUUUUCAUCAGGGAAAUUGAUAUCAUGAAGAGCGUCUAUCGCAGGGAUGCCGCUACCGCUCGUGGACAUCUAGAAUAUUUCUGGGACAAUCUGUCUCAUUUCUCAUGCGAAGAUCCUCGGGAUCGUGUCUAUGGCGUCCUUGGAAUAUUUCCCUGGAACCUUGCUGGCAUUGAAAAGCCCUUGCCCGAUUAUGAGAUCUCGUGUUUCGAUUUAGCCCUUCACCUGCUGUCGCACACUCAAGUUCUCAGCUUAGGUGACACAGACGGCAUAGUCGCAGCGCUCGCACUCGACAAACUUGACAUCGCCGACCUUAUUCAGCAAUUCAAAGCAUCGGUAACUGUAACGCAACCUGCGAACUCAGGUUCGAUUCUGUACGAGACAUCUGUGACUGCUGCCUGCUUGAUUCAGCAAGACUGUGAAGGACAGCUCUUUGUUGCUCUCGACUAUAUCGGGACUGAGCUCGACCCCGCUGGAGAAGAGGAACAUCUUUAUGCGGGUUGCAGAAGGCGAUUCAACAGCACAAACUCGCUCCACGACAGAGAGCACCAGCCUGUUCAGCUUUUGACAGAGAAUAGACUGUCGGUGAUUGCAUGGCACGAAGCGACACCUGGCGACAUCCUAAUUAGGCUCGGUUGUUGUUUCAUCAUAAUUCGCCCCACGGAACGAUCUACGAAGUUCCAGGUCGUGGGACGUGUAACGUGCCUGUAUUCAUCCCUGACUCCAAUCUCCAACAAGGUCAAGUCUUGGUCAUGCGACUGUUGUCCAGGCGCUAGGAACGUGGAAGCGCGACCAAAUUUGAGAGCAUCGUUUACAGGUUUGUCCAGAGCAGAAGCGUUGAUGUUGGAUAUUAUCAAAGACACGGCAAGCAACAAUGCCCUGGGAUAG